AUGACGCUCACACAGGUGGAGACGCCCGAGUUGACGCUGCCGCCGCGCGGUGAGGCGCGGGUGCCGGUGACGCUGCACCUCGCUGCACCGGGGCUUGUGCAGGAGACACUGUCGGUGUACAACCUCACGUGCAAGCAGAAGCCGCUCUUGGUUGGGGUGUCGGUGCUGCGCCACGACGAGGCGAUCUCCGCCGUGAUCGAGGAUGACAACGAGGCCGAGCGGCAACAGCAAGAUCAACAGCCACAGCGGGAGCCGCGUGAUGCCACGAGCGUUUACGCACCGUCGUUGGCCCCAAAGAACGGGGUGGUGGUCUUCCCAACCGCCGCGGUUGUGGUGGGCGAGGAUGGGGCGUUCCGCCUACACCUUCCUGUGACAACCACCGCGCUGAAGGUGACGAACAACAGUACCCGGGACAUCAUCCUCGUCGCAAAGAGCAGCGCACCGCUCGUGUUCGGCAUGCCGCACGCCUCACUGACGCUGCCGCCCCACUCAGAGGAAACAGCAGCGGCCCCGUCGGCCUCGGCAGCAGCGCAGGCGUACCCACGCGGACGCUUACGGCUCGAUGCACACCACACAGAGGUGGUCGCCUGGACACUUGUGUCGAUGCCGCCGCUCACGGCGCAGCAGACACAGCAGCUGCAGCGUCACGAGGAGGUGACGAUGGGGGCAACGGCGCAGGUCUAUGUGGCGCAAGUGGUGGACGAGGCGGUGGGCUUCAACUACAACAGCAUGCUGUUCCCUGUGAAGCGUGCACUGCCCAAGGUUGGCCAGUGCGUGUUGCUGACAAACUUCCAGCUGUGCUUUGCACUGAGUGAAGGACGCGCGGAGCCGGCCAUGAUUGACCUCGGCGUCGUUGGCAUUGACAAGAACUCCUCCUCCACCAAUAUCGCCGCAUUGGACGAGGCCGCCAGGAGCAAGCGAAAUAGCAACACAGAGAAUAUUGAGCAACAGCAACAGCAACAACAACAACAGCUACUGCAGGAGCAACAAAAACAACAAGUUGUCGGGUCUUUAGCCAACACAGCACGAUGGGCAGGAAACGGCAGGAACAGAGCGAGCAGCAGCAGCAGCAGCAACACAACAGUGUCAAUACGGCUGACAAACCUCUCUCCAAUACUGCCGCUUCGACUGAGUGUCGAGUGCGAGCCGACUGUGCGCUUCACGAGCAACCGCAUCGUCGUGCCACCGCUUCAGACCGUCACAGUAGAGGCGUUUCUCGUGCCGAAGCUCAUCCGCACACAGGGUCCGUUCCGCUACGCCGUCUACUUUGUCAAUGAGCUCAACCCCGAGAACGACAUGGUGGUGUAUGUGAUGGGGCAGUACUACUGGAAGGUGUUCGAGCUCUCCUGUGAUGGGGUGAUGGAUGAUGUGCGGGAGUCCCUUUCCAUGGCGUCGCUCCGCGUUGAGGAUACAUCCUCCGCUGGUGGCAUCCUCUCCGAGAGCAAGAUUGUCGUAACGGCGAUGGAACCGAACGUGGAGGUGGGCGUGAGCGUGACAGAGAGCCCGAAGCUCGAGGGACUCAUUCAACUGCAGGCGUUACGCUACGAUGCCGCGGCAUCACUGCAGAAGAUCGUCUUUGGACAGGGGGGGAAACACACAACUGUCAACAUGACCCUCCCAGGUGGUGUGAACGGCGGUACCACUUCUGGUGGCAACAUCACGGCGAAUGCUACGGCUAAUUCCAAUCCAUCUGCUGUAGCUGCCGCUGCCGCUGCUGCUGCUGCUGCUGCUGGUGCUGGCUCUGGAGUUGGCGGUGGAAACAACGCGAAUGGUGGAAGUGUGAGCGGCACGGGUGUUGGUGGUGUAGGCGGGGGUAGCGGCGGCGGAGGAGGAGGUGGUGGUGGUGGCGGCAGCAGCAGCAGUGUCGGAAGCGUCUUGAAUGCAUCGUUUGGUGCGUCUGCCGUGGCGGAUAGCAUUGUGGCAGGUCGAGCGAAGGAGCAGCAGUCAUUCCGCCUGCGCUGCGUCCUGCUGAAGGAGGACCUCGCCGCACUUGCAGGCGCUUUCUUUGGACAGCGCAAAAAUAAGAAGGUUGACGUACGGCGCGAGCGACAGGCGAUGACGUUUGACAAGCUUGCCGAGAUUGAGCGACGGCGCGUCACCGGCUCGCCGGCAAUGUGGCUCGGCACACUAGUGCUGUCCAACGCCUUGACGCGCGUCGACGAGGAGGUGCAGGUGUUCAGUACGCUCAGCGCCUUCCAGACAUUCACGGUGCCGUCGAAGCUUGUGCUGCGGCCGUGCGACAGUGCAGCAGCAGCUGCAGUGGUGGCAACGGAAACAGCAGUUGAGGCGUGCGAGAAGCAGAUGACGAGAACACAGAUGUACGUGGGCGAGUUGGUGGUGUCGAAUCCGUGUGUGCAGCACAGCGUGGCGCUCUCCGUCACGCCACUGUGGGACAGAGCAUACCGCGAUGCCGUCCUGGUGCGCUGCUUUUUACACGGCGGUGAGGCGGAUGCCGCGCUGACUGCAGAUGCGCCAACGCUGCUGAGCACACGCCUGGGCAGCGCCGUGGCGGUGUCUGACUCGGUGACGGAGAGGGACGUUGCCAGCGCCACCGCCGAUAAUUCCAACAGCGUCACCGCCAACAGCAGUAUGACGGGUGUGUCGAAUAGCCUGGCGGCAGAGAUGGCAGGGGGCGUGGAGGCAAAGACGCUUUUUGCGACCAUCUCACCGCAGUGUGCGCUACGUGUGCAGGUGGUGCUGCGUGUCGACAUGAGUGGGCACCACCCGAAGGUAGAGCAGGCAGUGGCGCUCGCGCUCUUUGAUGAGAGUGUGCCAUGCAGUGCAUCGGUGGUGCGCAUCACCCUAGCCCCCGUCGACGAGGCGGCAGGCCGGCGCCAGCAACAGCAGCAGCUCUUCCUGCAGCCGGCGAGGCGCCGCAUGGAGCUCAGCAGCGCGGGAGGAGGUGGUGGUGCUGCUGGGGAGAAUGCAGCGGACGGCGCUGCUUUGGCGGGAUCAUCAGCGGUAGCAGCAAACGGGGGGGCUGCGGUGGUGAGUACGAGUGGGUGGCCGGCGCCAACGGCACACUCGCACCCCACCUUGCCGCCAACGCGGGCACUGAGUCUGCACGGCAACUGCCAGUCCGUGACGGGCUGCUGCGGGGCGUACGCCUGCAGUUUUUCCUUUGCAAAGGACUCUCCUCCGACGACGGACAUCGUGAUUCGCAACAACCUCAGCUCCACGACUGUGGAGUACGUCGUGGCGGUGGUAUCGCAGGGGCCGCAGCCGUGGCUGCUGCUGCCGAGCGCGGCCGCCGUGCUGGAGCCGGGCGAGACGCAGCCGCUGCGGCUGAACAUUCUCUCCACCGAGGCAGGCUCGUACGUGGGCUACGUGAGCAUCAUCAACCGCGUAGCUCCCGACGAGCUGCUGCUGCUGCAGCUCAACGCCGAGGUCUUCGUCCCGACCGCAGGGGAGGGGCUCUUUGACAUUGUCGCAUCGAACGGGCAUCGGUUGUCGACCGGGGCCGAGCACCACGUGUUCGUUGGCAGGCUCUUCGGCGAGGGCACUGACCGCGCGUAUGUGGCGCUCGAGAUCGUGAACCGCUCCUCCGUCCCGCUCGAGUUCCCCGUCGCGGUUGUCAAGCCGUUUCGCAUGGAGUUCAACAGUGUGCCGGGCGACGACGACGGCGCCUGGCUCCUCAGCACCGACAGCGUCGGGGGCGCGAACGACAGGCAGACGUCGCCACACGAAGCGGAGGGCACAGAGGAUGCCGACAACAACAACAGCAACAACAAAUAUCAGUCACCACCAACACCAUCCCAGCAACAGCAACAGCAGCAGCACCAGCAACAAUGCAGCAGCAGUGGCAAUGCCAUCGCCGGCCGCCCGCAGUGUGACGUGCGGCUGCUUGUGUGCCAUCUGCGCAGUGUGCCUGAACGGCACGGGGAGAAGUGCUUUGUUGUCGACCCCAAGUCGCGUAUGAAGGUUGCAUUCCUCCUCGUGUGUGACCGUCUAUGUCUGCCCAGCACACUCGCCGUCUGCGGCGAGGCGGAGGUGGUGCUCAAGUGCAAGCAAGCCCGCGACGCACGGUUUGUCGUGCGGGCACGCUUUCAGGUGUGCAGGCCGUCGAUGAGGGUGCAGCGGCAGCAUUUUUUCACGUGCGCGGACAACUACGUGGUGACAAUCCCCGUGGCGAAUCUUCGCUCGCGUGAGCUUCGCGUCGCGUUCUGUACGUCCUCCCCCAUUCUCGACGUACUACAGGAUGAAAGGGACUCCCCCUCGCUACAUCAACACCACCAGCAGCAGCAGCAGCAGGAGUUGCAGAAUGACGCCUUUAUUGCAAUAGCGGGUGGGUCUUCUGCUGCCGUGCAUGUGCAACUCAAUGUGGAACGCCUCGCCGCCCUGCAGAAUUGGAGCAGCACCACCGGCGACGUGAAGGCACUGCUGCCCGCGAUCUGUGAACACGUUCUGUUGCUCAAUGAGCGAAACCCAAGUGAGCGUGUGCGGGUGGAGCUUUCCUACGUGCCGCCGAGUGCAUCAGUGGGGUCCACCGGGACGCCCUCGGCUGCCUCCACUGGGGGCGCGCUGUCCAUGACGAAAUCACUCAAGGCAAGCCGCCGCCACAUCAGUGAGAACCGACUCUUUCAGUUCGUGCAGCGCUACUGGCGUGUGCUGUCGGAGACGUCUGAGGUCCUGCUCACUGAGANCGCCACAUCAGUGAGAACCGACUCUUUCAGUUCGUGCAGCGCUACUGGCGUGUGCUGUCGGAGACGUCUGAGGUCCUGCUCACUGAGAUACGUUACUACGCGGCGCAGCAGGGGCUCGACACAUCUGGCCCAGUGGCUGAGCCAGCCCGAAGCAGCAGCGGCGGCGGAGGCGCCACCACCACCAAUAACAACGCCGUGGCAGGAAACAACACUGGCCACAACAACACCAAUGCGAACAGCGGCGGUGGUAGUGGCAACGACAACGCCAAUAUUCAUACAGGAUCCAACAACAAUAACAGCGGCGGGGGCGCCGUCUACUCGUGCUGCCGGACGGCACUGCGGUCGCUGCUAG